AUGGCAACCAAGGGUAACUCUCUGCGCGAUCGCCAAAUAGCGUCGCUCAAGAAGAUCCUCAACUUGAACGAGAGUGUCGAAUCCUCCGAGGCCGACGAAGCCCACGCCAACGGUCUACUUGCUCCUGUUGCACCUAUCCUCGAUGCAGAUGGCAACCCUAUCUGGAAGGUACUAGUCUUUGAUGAUCUCGGCCGGGAUGUUAUCAGCAGUGUCAUGCGCGUCAGCGACUUGCGCUCAAUGGGCGUAACCAUGCACAUGCACAUUGGCGGCGCAAGGCACCCUAUCCCCGAUGUCCCAGUCAUCUACCUCCUCGAACCGAAUGCGCAAAACCUCCAAGCCAUUACAUCCGACUUGCAGAAGGGGCUUUACACUCCCGCUUACAUCAACUUCCUAUCCUCCCUCCCUCGCGUCCUUCUCGAGGAGUUCGCUACACAAACUGCUGCUGCUGGAACAUCCGAACAUAUUGCUCAGCUUUUUGACCAAUACUUAAAUUUCAUUGUCGCUGAACCAGAUCUAUUCAGUCUGGGCAUGCAAAAAGAGCAUACGUAUUGGGCAUUGAACAGUGCAAACACCAGCGACGAGGAGCUUGAUCGCGUAGUGGAUAAGAUCGUUAGUGGUCUAUUCAGUGUGAUUGCUACUAUGGGAGUCAUUCCUAUUAUCCGAUGCCCCAAAGACGGUGCUGCAGAUAUGGUCGCCGCGCGACUCGACCGAAAACUCCGAGACCACAUCCUCAACUCAAAGGACAACCUCUUCUCUGGACCGCGAACGAACGCUGCAUCCAGUACUCACUCUUCUCGACCCGUACUCAUUCUUCUCGAUCGAAACGUUGAUUUGGUGCCAAUGCUUUCUCAUUCUUGGACAUAUCAAAGUCUGGUUCAUGAUGUUCUCAACAUGAAGCUCAAUCGCAUCACCAUCGAAAGCCCUGCGGAAGAAGGGAGCCCUUCCAAAGGCCCCACGAAGAAGGGUUAUGAUUUGACUACGAACGACUUCUUCUGGGCCAAAAACGCUGGCAGUCCUUUCCCUCAAGUAGCGGAGGAUAUCGAUGCCGAAUUGACCAAAUACAAAGAAGAAACAGCUGCAAUUACGAAAAGGACUGGUGUUACAAAUUUCGAGGACUUGCAGGCCGAUACCAGCGCGAGCGCUCAGCAUCUCAAAGAGGCAAUAACGUUGCUUCCUGAAAUGAGAGAACGUAAAGGCAUUCUCGACAUGCAUAUGAACAUCCUGGCAGCUUUGUUGACAGGAAUCAAGGACCGCCAGCUUGACAACUAUUUCCAACUGGAGGAGAAUGUUGUGAAGCAGACCAAACCUCAGAUUAUGGAAAUCAUUAGUGACAGUACCAAAGGUUCUGAACCCGUUGAUAAGCUGCGAUUGUUCAUCAUCUGGUACUUGAGUACAGAACAAGAAGUGAGCCGACAAGAAUUCGAGGGUUUCGGAAAGGCCCUCUCAGAAGCUGGCGCGGAUGUGUCAUGUUUGCCCUACGUUCGACAGGUUCGCGCUACAACCAAGAUGACACAACUCACUACCAUCAACAGCACUGCUCAGCCUGCUCAAACUUCAGACAUCUUCGGUCGCUUCUCAUCUAUGUCAUCUCGUCUCACCGACCGCCUCAAAGAAUCAGGAGUGCCCACUGGUCUGUCAUCAAACUUUGAGAGUCUCAUCAGCGGUGUGAAAAACUUCCUCCCCGCCGAUCGCGAUUUUACAGUUACGAAGAUCGUCGAAUCGAUCAUGGACCCCUCGUCAGCCUCCUCUUCAGCUAUUGCCAAGACAGAGGACUACAAGUACUACGAUCCUAGAUCCGCCAAUGCUCGAGGCAGCAUGCCUGCACCAAGUGCCAUGCGGUCUGGGGCUGGAGCUACUCCAGGUGGCAUGCCUGGUUCCCAAGUGUCCGGACAAACAGCUAGCUUUGGUCAAAGAAGACAAGGAUUCAGUGAAGCUGUCGUUUUCACAAUUGGCGGUGGCAGCAUAGAUGAAUAUGGUAACUUGCAGGAGUGGGUGAGUCGAGCAGGAGGCGACAGGGCUAAGAAGAGGGUCGUAUAUGGAAGCACAGAGAUGAUGAAUGCUGCCGAGUUCAUUAAGGAGGAACUAGACACACUGGGAAAGGAGCUAUCACCAUGA